CACUUGCAUCAUCUUUUAGCAUAAAUCUUGUUGUAACUUGUUUUGAAAAUCUGGGCCGAGCAUGUAAGCUGAUAUUUGAGCAUCAAGGACUUUUCAGCUCACGUUCAUGCAUGCCUGCCCUCCAUCUCCCUUGGCUGUGCGGGCUGUGCAUCGGCAUGCCGUUCUAGCAGUCGAUCGUGCUUCCCGCUGCCAGAGAUGGCCGGUCGACCCCUACCUCUACGUCAGGUUUUGGUUAGGUUCAAACUGGUCCAUACCGUCGCGAUUUCCGCCGCUUGCGUCGAAUGACAUGCACUUCCAUUGGUUCUGCGACACGGGCAUCGUCGUUAUUGAUAUAUUUACCCAGGGUAACAAGGCAUAAUUUGCAACGAAUCCUCCUGCGCGCAGCGCGUGCGCUCGUGACGCCGCGACUGAUUGCUCAUGCUCUGCGCCGCGUCAAUCUUGUAAUGCACUGGCCUCGCGCCUAACGAGCUGCUGACAGUAUAACCUCUGGGAUACCUGCGUACGGGCAUGUCCAGCAGCUGCUCUGCAAAGCAUGAUCAUGCGAUACGUAACUUUUUCGAAUGCACAUUAGGAUGUAUAUCGUCCGGGCCACCCUGCCACAGCCUUUCCGGGCGGCGAUCAGGAUCCUGGACGCUAGACGAUCUAUCAAAUUACGCCAACCUGAGACAUCUAUGCGCUCCGGCCAUGUGCUGUCGCAACGCUAACGAACUGUUCCGACUUCCGCAGGCUCAUGAUGGGACUGUGACAUUGACUUUAAUACGCAGACUGAGACGGCAUCCCCCCCUCCUUGUCAUCAGCACAGUUAUGAAGAUCCUAUCGAUGCAUUAUUGGUUUGAUGCCAUCUGCAAGGCAAAACACGGCCCUACCGAAGCACAGGAAGGCCAACUGCCCUCGCUUCUCGAACGGCUCCUUAACGAAGGGAUGCGGGUCGGAUAGCACUGGUUGCUGAUUGAGUUAGACGCGUAUUUUACGACGAUCUACAUAAAUACGACGGGGGCGCCACCAUCUCCGCGUUCAGCAGAUACGUUCGACCUGGCCCCGACGAUGUCGUCUCCGCCUUUGCUUCAACCGGUCCCCUUGCACCUCGAUAGCACACUUGGUGCGUUGGUCAUAGCCGAGAUUCUAGUGGCAGUGUUGUAUGGCAUUGCCAGUGUGCAGGUCUAUGUGUACCUAUCUCAUAGCCCGCGCGAUAGCUCCUUUAUGAAGGGAACCAUAUUCUUUCUGUGGAUCCUCGACAGCCUCCAUCUCACAUUUACUACACAUGGCGUAUAUCAUUAUGCCGUGACAAGCUUCAUGAAUCCUCUCGCCUUAACGCAGUGUCCAUGGAGUUUCGCAGCUGACAUGUUUGCGGGCGACCCAAUUGAAGUCAUUGUAACCCUCAUCUUUGCACAUAAAAUUUACAAGCUCAGUGGAAGUAUAUGGCCGCUUAUAUUCAUAGUACCACCGCAGCUCCUCAGCUGGGUCGCAUCCAUUGCCGUUGCCGUACUUGAGCUCAAAUUCCCGAGCUAUCACGAGUUAGAACAACGAUUUGCUUGGAUUUGGUAUACUGUAUUCAGUCUUCAGGCCUUCUCCGAUUGUGCCAUCGCGGCUAUACUCUGCACGAUACUUAUCAGGCGUCGCACGGGUUUUAAACGAACCGAUUCACUUAUUCGCACACUCGUCCUUUACAGCAUCAACACGUGCGCGCUGACCAGUUCUGUCUCUGUUGCUUCCGUCGUCACCUACGCUGCAAUGCCCCACAACUUCAUAUUCAUCGGCUUAGGCGUCAUAUUGCCAAUGCUAAUGUCAAACUCUCUACUUGCACUACUGAAUUCGCGCGACAUGUUGCGCGACAUGCACGCCGGCCAGGUCGCUUCCGUACACUUCUCAAGGCUCGCCAACAUCCUCAGCAGCUCCGACGCACCUGACGGCAGACGAGCGGCUCACGUGCGGGCCGAAGGUGUCAAGGAGCAGGACAUCAUCGAUAUUGGAGCUCGUGUCCCCGAAACCUCGUUUGACUCGGAGUCACAGGUCUCGAGAGGGCCCGCGAUCUAAGCACUGCGCAAAACGAGUCCUCAUUGAUAUUCUACAAUAUUCAUGCCACAACUUGCAAGUUAGGUUUUUAUUAUAUGCACGUAAUAUAUUGGCUCGGUCGCAUUGAACGGCAG